AUGUCGGGCCAGACGAGAAUCGCCGUCCACUCUCUCCCGGACCUCAAGAACACGACCGACGAUGCGCUGCCCAACUACAUCAACUCGCUCAAGUUCCGCCAGUCGCACACGCACGCCGACGUGCGCUUGGCCCUGGGCUACACCGCCGUGCUGAUCGCCGGCGUCCUCUUCUACUUCGACUGGACCCGCGGCUGGGACCUCACCAAGCCCUACACGGCCCCGGCCGUCCUGGCCUACUUCCUGCUCAAUGGCGCCUUUAUGUACUGGACCUACUUUGUCGAGAAGGGGCUGAUAUACUCGGGCGAAAAGAACGGGGAAAAGCUCCAAAUCUCCUCGCACUGCGAGAAGCACAUACCGAUCUACAAGCUGCGAGUGCGCUUCACGUCCAGCGGCGUGUGGCAGCAAAUCGACAUCCAAGCGCCCUUCACGCGCUGGUUCUCCGCCGACGGCUACCUGGUCGCGCGCCCGAUGCAGCAGUUCCUGGCCUCCGAGAUCCCGCCCGUCGGCGCCGCCGACCCAGACGCCGUCGUCGAGGAGAUUGGCCGUGGCUCCGCUGCCGGCAUGCCCAAGGAGCUUAAUGUCAAGGCCGAUCGGGUCCAGGACGUGCUGCAUCAGCUGAAGGCGCAGGCGACGGGUGCGUCGGCGGCGGGCGGGAGCGCGAGGAGGAGGGGUUGA